AGGGCGGGGCCGGGUCGCCUAUAAAAAGCGUCACUUCCGGCGCACGCCCUCUUUGCCGCCGAGCUUCCACACGGCGUUGUACCGAGUUACCCAUCGUUGCUUUUAACGGGAAACGUUCACAAUGUCCGGAGGUCUCGAUGUGCUGCAGAUGAAGGAGGAGGAUGUCCUCAAAUUCCUUGCUGCUUCUACCCACCUGGGCAGCACCAACCUGGACUUCCAAAUGGAGCAAUAUGUCUACAAGAGGAAAAGUGAUGGUAUCUAUAUCAUCAACCUGAAGAAGACAUGGGAGAAGUUGCUGCUCGCAGCUCGUGCCAUUGUCUCUAUCGAGAACCCAGCUGACGUCUGCGUCAUCUCCUCCAGACCGUUUGGGCAGCGUGCUGUCCUGAAGUUUGCUGCUGCCACUGGCGCCACCCCCAUUGCUGGAAGGUUUACCCCAGGUACAUUCACCAAUCAGAUCCAGGCCGCCUUCAGGGAGCCCCGUCUGUUGGUGGUGACAGACCCUCGACAGGAUCAUCAGCCCUUAACUGAAGCAUCAUACGUUAACAUCCCCACCAUUGCCAUGUGCAACACUGACUCGCCCCUGCGUUACGUGGAUAUCGCAGUCCCAUGCAACAACAAGGGUGCCCACUCCAUUGGUCUGAUGUGGUGGAUGCUUGCCCGGGAAGUUCUGCGUAUGCGUGGUACCAUUAGCCGCGAACAUCCAUGGGAGGUGAUGCCUGAUCUGUACUUCUACAGGGAUCCUGAUGAGAUUGAGAAGGAGGAACAAGCUGCUGCAGAGAAGGCUGCUGGUAAGGAGGAGUACCAGGGAGAGUGGACUGCUCCUGUUGCAGAGUUCGUUCAACCUGAGGUUACCGACUGGCCUGAGGGGGUGCAGGUCCCUUCUGUGCCCAUCCAGCAGUUUGCAGCUGCAACUGGUAAAAACCUGGCUGAGACACUGGAGGCAGCAAGUCCAUACGCGAAGCCAGCAACGUUCACUGCUGAAACAGCUACAAAGGACUGGAGUGCUCAGCCUGCUGCUGAAGACUGGUCUGCUGCUCCCACUGCACAGGCUCCAGAAUGGGGUGGUGCUACCGCUGAUUGGUCCUAAGACUGGGUCGGAAUUGGCCAGAAAACUCACCUGCCUGUCUGCAUUUGGUUGAAAAGGAAAUAAAAUGAUUUGUUUUUAAA